CUUAGUUUCAACUUGCAUGCAACCGCAAUCAUAGAAGUAUAUAGGCACAGCAUAAUAUGUCAUCUCAACAGCCAUACGCUUCAUCAAGAAAUAAGCUUCACGGUCAGAAGUUCUCUGUGCCUAUCUUUCCUAUGUUGAAUUUCGGUGGCACCCUAGACAACGGCUCCGGAAUGGGCAGUGCCCCAACAACCCCAGACUUGCGAAGUCGCACACGGCAUUCCACAGGGGACCACGCAGUUAACUCUCCAACUUCAACUACUAUGUCAGAAUCUGAAGGCAGUUUCUACCGCAUGGACGAACCCCUGCGGCCCACACUCCGCAGUCUACCUGUCAACUUGAACGCUCCUCGCAGAAUCACCAUUCGCUCGGACAUAGCGCUGGUCACCUGUUUUGACCCGGCAGACAAGGAAUUGUAUGCUCUUUGGGCACCCGGACCUUGAGAAAAGGCAAUAUCAGCAAUCUUAUUACGGACACAUCGUUAUUCAUAAGCUCUCAAUAACAA